CAUUAAUGCCUACUGUCCCUGACCAGUGUCACCAUGCCUCGGGGGCAAAAGAGUAAGCUUCGUGCCCGUGAGAAACGCCAUCAGGCCCGGAUCGAGGCUCAGCGUGCCCAGGAUGCUCAGGCCACUGCAGCAGAGGAAGAAGAGCCCUCCACUUCCUCCUUUUCUCCUUCUGGUGGUAGUGCCCAGAGCUCCUCAGCUGCUGGGUCAGGUAGAAAAACCCAGGGGUUUCGGAAAGCCCCAUCCACUACUACUACUUCUGCAGGUGUUUCACAUACAAAAUCUGAUAAAAGUGCCAAGAGCCAAGAUGAGGAAAAACCAAGCACCUCUCAGGCACAACCCAACACUGGUCGUUACCAUAGAACCCCUCUAGAUGACAAGGCGAUUCUAUUGGUGCAAUUCCUGCUGCGCAAGUAUAACAUGAGGGAGCCCAUAACAAAGGAAGACAUGAUUAAGCAUGUCAUCAAAAAGCACAAGGUGCAUUUCCCUGAGAUUCUCAGGAAAGCCUCUGAGCUAAUGGUGCUGGCCUUUGGCAUUGAUCUGAAGGAAGUCGACCCUACCAGGCACCACUAUGCCCUUAUCAGCAAAUUGCAGCGCACCAAUGAUGACAGGCUGAGGGGUGAGGAAAUCAUGCCCCAGACCGGCCUCUUGAUGACUGUCCUCUGUGUGAUCUUCAUGAAGGGCAACUGUGCCACUGAAAAGGAUAUGUGGGAAGUGCUUAAUGUGAUGGGGAUAUAUGCUGAUAAGAAACACUUCAUCUAUGGGGAUCCCAAGAAGCUCAUCACUGAAGUUUGGGUGCAGGAAAGGUACCUCCUGUACCGCCAGGUGUCCAACAGCAAUCCUCCAUGCCGUGAGUUCCUGUGGGGUCCAAGAGCCUAUGCCGAGACCAGCAAGAUGAAAGUCCUUGAAUUCUUGGCCAAGAUCCAUGAUACCGUCCCCAGUGCCUUCCCAUCCUGGUAUGAAGAGGCUUUGCAAGAUGAGGAAGAGCGAGCCCGAGCCAGAUUUACAGCUCUGGUUCAUACUGGUGCCAUGGCCACUGGGCCUUCCAUGGCCAAUUUUGGCAGCUUCUCCCACCUGUAUUGAAACCUGAAGCACUUUCCUCACUUUGUGUUUGAAGUAGUGUGAGGGCUUAGGUGGUGCUAGCUAGAGGGGACAUAGUGCAUAUCGUACAUUCUACAUAAAUAACUUACAAAUUUAUCUCUUGUUGAAAGUUAUCAAAUGCUUCUGUUUUUGAAAAGUUUAAUUAGCUUCACAAUAUAUUACACAUUCAAUGCUGUUUAUGAGGUUUAAGAGUAUGAGUUUCGCUAUUUUCUAAAACAAAUUGGUAACCUUCCAUCUUAUUUAGUGAUCUGGAACAAGAAAACAUAGCACUGCAAUUGCCAUUUUUUUGGAAAUGUGAAAAAAAUUAGCAACAAAAUAGAUGGAAUCAAAAAAUUGAGAAAAAAGUAAGAUGGUAAAUUUUUGGUUUGCUUUAUUCCAUGUACUCUGCUCUUCUGUAAAAUAAAAGUUACAUGCCUGAAAUUUCUUCAUUCAAGA